AUGGAAGACGAGGCAUCGACCACAGAGCACAGGGACCUGGUUCAAAGGACAGAGCACAGGGACCUGGUUCAGAGCACAGAGCACAGGGACCUGGUUCAGAGCACAGAGCACAGGGACCUGGUUCAGAGCACAGACCACAGGGACCUGAUUCAGAGGACAGACCACAGGGACCUGAUUCAGAGGACAGACCACAGGGACCUGAUUCAGAGCACAGACCACAGGGACCUGGUUCAGAGCACAGAGCACAGGGACCUGAUUCAGAGAACAGACCACAGGGACCUGAUUCAGAGGACAGACCACAGGGACCUGAUUCAGAGGACAGACCACAGGGACCUGAUUCAGAGCACAGACCACAGGGACCCGGAAACUGAUCAUCGGCAAAGCGGCCGAGGCUCUGACGACAUCUCCGGCGCCGAGUUGAGAAACGAUUCAGACGAGGCUCCGCGACUGUGGAACAAACAACUUCAGAAACUGAAAAGCCAGAUUGUGACUGAGCUGCAGGUCCAGCUCAGUGACAUCGUGGAGCGAGUGCUGUCCGAGUCUCUUCCAGCUUCCUCCCAAAUCCAGCCUCAUCAGAACGGGAAGACGGCACCAGUCGCCAGAACAGAGAGAAAAGAUGUGGGGAAAGUGUUUAUGCACAGAAUGUCCCUUUUGGAUGAAUUGUUUGAAAUCAGCCACAUACGGACGAUCUACCACAUGUUUCUGGCCAUUUUCCUUCUCUUCAGUGCGAGCACUUUGAUUGUUGACUACCUCGAGCAUGGAAGGUUGGUGCUGGAGUUCGACCUGCUGUUCUACGCCUUUGGGCAGCUGAGCACCGUCACCUGGGCCUGGACCCUGAUGUUCCUCUACACUUUACUAGUUCCGUAUCAGCUGCUGGUGUCAUGGGGCUCGUUGUACCACGCGUCCACCUCAAAGCUGCCCCUCUCUCUGGGCUUUGGUCUGGUCCUGUUCGCCCUGCAGAGCUGUGUCCUGGGACUUUUUCCGGUCUACGUGGUCGUGCACAACCAGCUGCCGCCUGCAUCUCGCUUCAUAGUCAUCCUGGAGCAGAUUCGAUUUCUGAUGAAGACUUACUCCUUCAUAAGAGAGUCAGUUCCUCUUAUCAUCAGCAGUCCAGGAAAAGAAGGAGAAAAUCCACGGUUUCCAACUUUAUCCAGUUACUCUUACUUCCUCUUCUGCCCAACGCUUAUCUACAGAGAGUCAUACCCCAGAAAUAACCACAUUCGUUGGAAUUAUGUUGGAGUUACUAUUGUCAAGCUAUUCGUCUGCCUUUUCUACGGCUACUACAUCCUGGAGCGACUGUGUGUUCCAGUGUUCAAACCUGACACAAACCAGAGUUUCAGCAAACGCUCAAUGGUUCUGUGCAUCUUUCACUCGAUAUUUCCAGGAACCAUGCUGCUGCUGCUCUGCUUCUUUGCCUUCCUCCACUGCUGGCUCAACCUUUUUGCCGAGCUCCUGCGUUUUGCUGACAGAAUGUUUUAUAAGGACUGGUGGAACUCUUAUUCUUUUGCAAACUAUUAUCGAACCUGGAACGUGGUGGUCCACGACUUUCUAUAUUACUAUGGAUACAGGGAUUUCCUGUGGCUGUCCAGGAGGAAGUUCAGGACAGCUGCCAUGCUGUCGGUCUUCAUGGUGUCCGCCUUUGUUCACGAAUACGCUCUGGGAAUGGGCUUCGGCUUCUUCUACCCCGUCAUGUUUUUCCUCUUCGCCAUCUUUGGAGUGCUGUUUAACUUCGCCAUGAACGACAAGCGCCAGAGUCCAGUGUGCAACGUGCUGAUGUGGACGUCUCUGUUCCUGGGGCAGGGGGUCCAGGUCUGCCUCUACUGCCAGGAGUGGUACGCACAGAUCAACUGCCCGCCCAAGGGGGACAGUUUUAUGGAGCUGGUGACGCCGCGCUCCUGGUCCUGCACUUACUACAAGUGA